CGGUUAAAUAAUAGACCUACGUUUCGCUUGGAAAUUAAAUAGUGGGGAUACCUUGUUCCUGUUGCACAUACAAUAUCCAAAUGCAUCCACAUACGAUCACACGUAUAGCGUGUUCACUUGCACACAUAAUCGUAGUGUGUUAAUACACGUCGUCUGGUGGGGAGACGACGCCUCUCUAAGCGACGCUCCGCGUCUUCGUCAGUCAAACCGCGAUCGUCUCCGUGUAAUAGGCCUGUUGAGAUCACCGCGAGGUAAAUGGAUGGUUAGUGAACAGUGUUGAUCAGUUACUUGACCACAAAAACAGACCAGCCAACGCAGUUGGCACGUGCGAAAUAUUCGUUACGCCGGUCGACUCGAGAAUAGACUUUCUUCCUCUCCCUGGCGACAUUUACCUCCCUGGCUACGAACACUCUUAUUCCGGAUAUCAGUUUUCAACUGGAUCGUUGUUAAGUCUUCGUUUCUUCCUGCCACGUGAUCAGGCUAAGAAAAGUGAGAUAUAUCGUGAUAAGGAAGCAUAUACAGUGGCUAAAUACAGUGUAAAAAAUGAAGAUUGUUGUACUCUUACUCGCUCUUGUCUCAGUGGCAAAGUGUCACGAACCAUUCCGGGUAAUCUUUGAAUGGAACACGAUCGACGUAAUGUGGCCAUCGGAAGAGAAUAAAGAAUAUGCAAUCAGCCACGAUGAUUACAUUCCAGCCAAUAAUUUCAUAGCCGGUAUUAAAUUUUGGAAGGGUAAAAUGUACUUGACAAUACCAAGAUGGAAGAAUGGAGUACCUGUAACUCUCGGAGUCACUUCUGCUAAACGAAUGAAUAUUACUGCUCCUAAACUGGAAGCUUUCCCCAGUUGGGAGAUGCAGAAAAUUGGAGAUUGUAGUGCAUUUCAGAUGGUCCAAAGUAUGGAGAUCGACCCCAUAGGACGUAUGUGGGUACUCGAUUCUGGCAAGAUCUCAUCUCUUCCUUUAGAAGUAAAGACCACUUGUCCACCGAAAUUAGUAAUCCUAGAUCUCGAGAAAAAUGGUGAGAUUUUACGAACUUACGAAUUUCCUACGAACGUAGCUCAUCAUGGUACAGCUUACUUAAAUGAUAUUGUCUUGAAUCACGAGGAUGGUGGUAUGGCAUACAUCACGGACAGUGAUCGUAACGAUCCUGGUAUAAUUGUUUAUUCCUUGAGAAACAACACUUCGUGGAAAGUUAGACACGAUUCUAUGAAAGAUCAACAAGAAGCAAUUAAAUUCAUGAUUUCCAAAACUCCCAUUAAUAUAGUCGUACCUGUCGAUGGAAUUGCUUUGUCUCCUGCAAGUAGUAACGACAGACAAAUAUAUUAUUCGCCAUUAUCUUCCUUUCAUCUUUAUUCUAUACCAACGUCAGUCCUGAAAAACAAUGCAAGCAAUGUGGACAGUUACGUUAAAGAACUAGGAAGAAAAAAUUCUCAAACUGAUGGAAUGAUGAUGUCAGCCAAGGGAGUGUUAUACUUUGGGCUGUUGGCUGAUGAUGCUAUAGCUAUGUGGGAUACCAAACAGUCCACCUCGUUCACUACUGGCCAGAGAGUGAUCUCGAGAGAUCAUGAAAGGUUGCAAUGGCCAGAUACGUUUGCGUUUGACGAGGAUGGUAACUUUUAUUGCGUUACCAAUUCUUUGCAAAAUAUAUUGGAGAAUCGGGUCAACGUUAGCAUACCAAAUUAUCGGGUAGUCAAAUCGCAAACCGGAGUUAAAAGUUACCAAUAUUUGGAGGACGGAACCGCGCCGGAACAGCCGGAGAUUCCCACUUCAGCUGCAAACAGGAUUAGUCUCGCCGUUACUACCGGAUUAACCAUUCUGUUGGCUUUCGUCGUGCAGUAGUUUUUCUUUCUCUCUUGUUCCCCUGUUCUCUUUUCUUCAGAUAUGCUCGGAUAUAUUAAAGACAUUUUUAUCUUUUUCGAAAUACAAAAUUACAGAUAAUACGUACGAUGAAUCAUCCAGUAUUUUUGGUGGCCUUGAACAUUUAAAGUACUGAUUGUAAGUGAUCUGAAAUCAUGCUAGAAAAAAAAAAACCGAAAAUAAAAUUACUUGAUCAUUUGAGAUCACUAAUUAUUAAUUUUAAUUUUUCGUAUAUUUCUGUUUAAUUCUAUAAAUAUUAUUUUUUAGAAAUAUAUCGAUUUCAAAUGAUACUACCACUAUUCCAAGAAAAUUAUUAAACUUUUAUUAAUAUAAUUUUCAUGAUAUAAGAAAUGGUCUUGAAUGGUUAAUUAAUUUUGAUUGCAAUAAAAAUUUUAAUUCACAUUUAUGUUAUUAUAUAUAAAGUUUGUAGAUCUGUGUUGUUCGAACAAAGAUGAAGAAUCCUGCCAAUCAAAGAGUAAUUCGAUCAAGAUCGAAUAACAUAAUUUGAAAUAAAAUAGUAAAGUAAUCAAUUUCUCGAGAAUCAAUCAAUAUAAUCAGAAGCAUCUUUGUUCAAUGUCAUUUUCACAAUCGCAAUUGCUGUGUUCAAGAUUUUCAUCGAAAUGGACCGAGAGCAAAAUUGAUCUCCUGCAGUUCAUCGCUACUAUUACGAACAAGUAUUUCUACAUGGUCUUUAUUGCGGACAGUAAUGUGUCUAUUUUUCUUUCCAAUCUCAACAAUGGCUUAAUAUUCUUACUUUCAUAUAUUGUACAAUAACAAUAUUAUUGAUGAUAAAAAAGAAGGAAAAAAAAUAUUUUCUUAGAUUUUUCAAAAACAAAUAAAACUUUACAAAAAACUUUAGUAAUGUUUCUUAUACAGAGAAAAAAGAAAAUAUUAGUUAGAAAAGUCAUACUUCGGAAUGAAAAUAUUUUUAAAUUGUAAAUAUAUUAUAUAUCGAUAAUUUCAUAAAUAUUCAUUUUUUGUUCAGGUCAGUUUAAUCAGGUCACUUAAUUGAAUUGCUGAACGUUAAGUCAUAUCGGGUAAUAUAUUUUUAUACAGACUAAACUUUGGCCGUAAUUCCAUGGCAUUCAUAUUUAAUUAACCUCAAAUUAAUAUCAUCAAUGAAGAGUAUUAAAUCUGUCAAUCAAGUUAAGACGUUUCCAGUCCGAUUGCAUGAGUUUAAAGAAAAAUUAAA